UGAGCAGUGUGUGAGAGGAGAGGCAACCUCUGUGGUCAAGCGUGGCGGACUUUAAAAGAUUUACUACUCCUUUCAAACAUCUGAGGUUGUAUGGUGAACCUCAUAAACAAGAAUGGGUGAUAAAAAUUAUUAGGAACGUGGAAGGGGAAAAAAAAAAUAACACGAGAGAACAUCUUCUGUUUAAUGUCUAGAUGGAUGUGAGAGAAGAGACGUGUGAGGCUGACAUGAAUAUUGUGGAACAAAGGGCUGUACAUAUUAAGGAGGAGUGUGAGUGGGAGCCUGUCCACCUCAAACAGGAGAAUCUCUGCAUUAAGGAUGAGGACUGUGAACUGGGGCCAGUAGACAUUAAAGAGGAGGCUGAAGAGAAGUCUGUCAGUAUCGUGACACCCAAACAUGAAAGUGUGGAGAGUGUCAAGGAAGAAGACCUUCGUUAUGGUUGUCAAGAUGGAGCAGUGACCAGGUUAGUCUCCUCUCGGAGCACACACUGUUCAUCUUUGGAGCCUUCCAUCGAUGAGAAGUCUGAUUCAUUACAGUCUGACGCAAAGAGGAGUGAGGAAAUAUCAUCCAUUAGAACUCUGGAAGAUCAGCCACCACCUUCAAAUCAGUCUGGAGCAAGUGACAUAACUCACUGCUGUUCUGAAUGUGGCAAACACUUCUCUUACAAGAGUAAUCUUACAAGACACUUAAGAGUUCACACCGGAGUGAAGCCGUUUUGCUGUUCUGAAUGUGGCAAACAGUUUUGUUACAAGAGAAGUCUUCAGAGCCACACUAGAAUCCACACUGCUGAGAAGCCAUAUUCUUGCUUGGAAUGUGGCAAACGAUUCUCACAAAUUCACAAUCUUCAGUGCCACAAAAGAAUUCACACGGGGGAGACACCAUAUUGCUGCUUGGAAUGUGGCAAACAAAUAUUUUACAAGAAGAAUUUUCGGGAACACUUGAGACUUCACACAGGAGAGAAGCCCUAUUGCUGUUCUGAAUGUGGAAAAAAAUUUGCGAGAUUUGACAAUCUUCAAAGACAUAAAGUAAUUCAUACGGGAGAGAAGCCCUAUUGCUGUUCUGAAUGUGGCAAGCAAUUUGUUGACAAGAGUGGUCUUCGGAGCCACACUAGAAUCCACACUGCAGAGAGGACAAUUUGCUGUUUGGAAUGUGGCAAACAGUUUUUUGACAAGAGUAGUCUUAUACGCCACACUAGAAUCCACACUGGAGAAAAACCAUAUUGCUGCUUGGAAUGUGGCAAACAAUUCAGUGAAAAGAGCAAUCUUCGGAGCCACUCAAAAAUUCACACAAGAGAACAGAUGAGGCCAAAUGAUUGUACGUUGACCAAAAAAAUAAGAGGACUAGAUACAACCAAGUGGUCAAUCGAAGAUAAAGAGGAGAUUAUGUACUGCUACUUUUAUGCAACAGACCCUGAAUUUCCAACAAUGGGAUAUACCAGGAGGGCCCGCAUAAAACUGCAAUUCAGAAACAUAAUCUCAAGUUCCAAGUUAAAUAACAUAACAGACGCAAACCUAAGGUCUCUAAUCGGAAAUAUUAAAGGAAGUAAGAAAAUAAGUCAGGAGAAAUUGGAAUAUCUGCAAAGAAGAGCAAAAGAAGAAGUAAUAUGUGAAAAAAGUCAAGAUCAAGUCAGAACAAAAAGGGAGAAGACCUGAGAUGAUGAGAAAAGGAGGGAUCUUGUAUGGUGCAGAAUGUACACCAACUUUAAAGCUUCAGCAGACAGAUUUAGUAAGAAAAAAAAAAAAGAGAACGGACACAUUUGUAAACAAAUCCAGAAGCAAACACCAAA